ACAAACGUCAAUUGCGAAAAGUUCAUGGAUAAAGCGCCAGUUACUGCAGCAGCAACAGUUGCUAUUGCAGCAGCAACAAUUGCUGCCAGUUAGGCCAGAGUCGUGCUCAGGCCUGUGCCUAGUCGCUCCACUUGUUGGCGCGAUAAUUGAUUUUUCCGUAAAUAAUUUAUGACGCACGUAACUGACAGUUUCUGCUGAAAGAUUACAAAUUGCCACUGACCAAUGGCCAACGCACCCAAAUUAUUAGGCCCAUAGCCAUAUCGUUUACUAGCCUUCAAUUAAACCAAAAUGGAACGGCUCACCUACAAUAAGCUCUCCUCUCUUGCAGCGCCUACGAUGUGGUCCACCCGCCUGUUUUGUGUGUUCGCCUGCCUUGCACUCGCCCUGAGCACAGCUCGGGCUCAGUUCUUCUACCACCAGGCACUGGGACUGCCAGCCAAGGCGGCGUAUGAGCCAGAGUCGCCGUACACGGGAUACGCCACAGCCGAGGCGCAUCCGUCGGUGGUGAAGAACGCACAGUGGGAGUCGGAGCUGCCUCACGAG